GGCGGCACGACACAUUAAUGCUUGUUUCCGUUUCACCAUGAAGCAACCAAAAGAACAGAACUAAAUUACGUAAUCCAUCACACAUGCGCAGACGGUGGUGGUUCCGCCAUUUUGGUUCUCGGUGUGCUAACGGCAGCUAGCUUCUGGUGUAUGUGCGUUUUGUUUACUCUUCACUGUUGGGUUUUCGGUUUUCCCUCCAGCUGCGGUACUAAAAACCAGUAAAGCGGUACCAGUCCGCCCAACAAGGUCGGAACCGGAGUCUGUCUUCGUCUGAGAGAUGGACGGAGGAGAGGAGGACUUUAUGUCCGACGAUGGGGGCGGGACUCCGGUUCAGGAUGAGCAUCCUCAAUCCGACGGCGAGGAGAUGAGGAGCGACGGCCGGCAGUCAGAGGACGACGGCAGCAACGACGAAGACGCUGCCAUUGCCAUGGAAACGGGCGGGGCAGCCAGCAGCUCGGACGCGGAGGACCGGCGCCGGGCCAACAGCGACUCGGAGGACGAGGCUCCUGGGGCCCGCCGAGAGAAGAGCGACUCGGAGGACGAGGCUCCUGGGGGCCGCCGAGACAAGAGCGACUCGGAGGACGAGGCUCCUGGGGGCCGCCGAGACAAGAGCGACUCGGAGGMSGAGSCUCMUCGGCCCGGCGGCAGCGAAGACGAAGACUCUCCGGCAAAACGCAGGGCAAGCGCGUCGGACGAGGAAGAGGAGGAAUCGCCGAGGAAGAGACGGCCGAGCGGCUCGGAGGACGAGGCGUCGUCUCCGGUCAAACGGGGAGCGUCCGACAACGAGGAAGAGGACGUGUCGUCCCCCGCCAAGCGCCGAGGAAGCAGCUCUGAGCUGGAGGACGCCCCCAGAGGAGAUGGCGCCCGCAGCGACUCCGACAACGAAGAGGACAAACCAGCACCGGCGUCGUCUCCACGGAAACACUCAGACAGUGACUCUGACGCAGAGCCGCCCGCCAGACGCCAGGCGGCGCCGAUGGACUCCGACGAGGAAGAUGAGGGUAAACGGGAGGAAGAGGAAGGGGCAGGGGGAGGGAAGUGGAAGGGUGUGAUGCAAUCCGACAGUGAGGAUGAGGAGGACGAGGUGCUGAGGAAGAAGGCUGCAACAGGAAGUGAUGAAGAGCAGCGCGAGGAAGAGAAGAAGCAACAGAGAGAUGACGGCGAGGAAGAGGACGACAAACCAGUGAAGAGAAAGAAGGCCAUCUUGUCUGACAGUGAAGACGAGGAUGAAGAGAAGGACGACAAACCAGCAAAGAGGAGCCGGGCGGUUUCCGACGACGACGAGAACUCGGGCAGCGGCGACGGCUCGGUCGGCCCGGAUCGAAGCCUGGCGGCCAAGCUGAGGGAGCUUGGGUCAGACAGCGGCAGCGACGAGGAGGACCGGUCCAAACCCACGGCGGUGAAGAAGGACGAGAAGGCGUUGUUCGGCAGCGACAGCGACUCCGGCGAGGACGACGAAGAGGAGAAAAUGAUCGCAGACAUUUUCGGAGAGUCUGGAGAUGAGGAAGAGGAGGAGUUCACGGGCUUCAACCAGGAGGAGUUGGAGGCUGCCAGCAAGCAGCCGAAGCAGCAGCAGCAGGCGGCCGAUGACUCCGACUCCGACGAAGGAGUGGACCGCAGUGGCCAGGACACCAGCUUCAUGUCCGACUUUGACAUCAUGCUAGCCAAAAGGAAAGCCAUGAACAGCCGGAAGAGGAGGCACCGAGACGGAGGAACGUUCAUCAGCGAUGCCGACGAUGUCGUGAGCGCCAUGAUCACCAAGAUGAACGAGGCCGCAGAGGAGGACCGGACUCUGAACAGCCAGAAGAAGCCGGCGCUGAAGAAGCUCACGCUGCUGCCGCAGGUUGUCAUGCACCUCAAGAAGCAGGAUCUGAAGGAGACGUUCAUUGACAGCGGCGUGAUGUCGGCCAUCAAGGAGUGGAUCAGCCCUCUGCCCGACAAAUCGCUGCCGGCGCUGCGGAUCAGAGAGGAGCUGCUGCGGAUCCUGCAAGAGCUCCCCAACGUCAGCCAGGAGACGCUGAAGCACAGCGGGAUCGGACGGGCCGUCAUGUUCCUCUACAAGCAUCCCAAAGAAUCCCGGGCCAACAAAGACCUGGCGCUGAAGCUCAUCAACGAAUGGUCGCGGCCGAUCUUCGGUCUGACGUCCAAUUACAAGGGAAUGACGAGGGAAGAGCGGCAGCAGAGGGAUCUGGACCAGCAGACGCCUCAGAGACGCCGGCUCAGUGAGCCUCAGAAGGUGGAGAGGGCGCAGGAACCCGACGUCUUCUCUCCACCAACCAGCUCUGGAGGUCAGACGCCCCGCAGAGACCUGGAGAAGCAGCUCACCGGGGAGGAAAAAGCUCUGCGACCCGGUGAUCCCGGGUUCUGCGCCCGGGCUCGGGUGCCGAUGCCCUCCAACAAGGACUACGUGGUCCGACCCAAAUGGAACGUGGAGGGGGAUUCCAGCAGGGGGCCGGUGAAGAAGGGUUUGUCCCGGGUCGAUAAACAGAUGCGCAGGUUUGCGGACAUUCGGCGGCUGACGAAGACUGGUCACGCUGUGAAGAUCAGCGUGGAAGGAAACCGGAUGCCACUCUGAUCCAGUCUCUGUCUUUAGUUUUUUAGGAUUUCUUCUUCGUGGGUUUGUUUUAAGGUGGUUCUCCUGAACCGUCUCAGUCCUCCCUCCUCAGGUUCAGCUCUGCCUCUCUAAGGGCUUCUUAACGAAUGUGAUUAUCUGCUGUAAACUUUUUUGCUCUCUGAACAAAUUCAAUAAACUCUCCAUCAUGACGUCA